AUGGGUGAAACUUCCGGUAGACGCCGGUACAACUGUUGAGCCACAGCGCAAUUCCUUUUGUUUUGGAUCUAUAACUACAUAUAAAUGUGGAAAAAACAGCUGCCAUGUCUUAAAAGAGGCGACGUAACAAUUCCGGUGCCUGCUAAAAUUGAGGGAUUGGAGGAUGACCUUAAAAACAUAACAUUUAGUAGCAUUUUUAGCUACUGUUUUUAGCUACUUUCUCAAUUCAGCUGCGGCAGGAGCAUGCUGUGACAAUGCCUUGCACCUGGGUGAUGGCCUGCGGGUACGCCCCCUCCGGCUGUGCCGUAGCCUGUGGGGGUCUGGACAAUAAAUGCUCAGUGUAUCCUCUGUCUCUGGACAAGACUGAGACCUUGGCAGCAAAGAAGAAGUCGGUGGCCAUGCACACAAACUACCUGUCUGCCUGCAGCUUCACUAAUUCAGACAUGCAGAUCCUGACCACCAGUGGGGACAGGACGUGUGCAUUAUGGGAUGUUGAGAGCGGGCAGCCGUUGCAGAGUUUCCAUGGACACGCCGCAGACAUGCUCUGUCUGGACCUGGCCCCCUCCGAGACCGGGAACACGUUCGUUUCAGGGGGCUGCUAUAAGAAGGCCAACGUGUGGGACAUGCGCUCAGGGCAAUGCAUCCAGUCCUUUGAAACGCAUGAGUCAGACAUAAACAGUGUGCGAUACUAUCCCAGUGGAGAUGCUUUUGCAUCCAGCUCAGAUGAUGCCACUUGCCGCCUGUAUGAUUUAAGGGCAGACAGAGAAGUGGCUAUUUACUCCAAGGAGAGCAUCAUAUUUGGAGUCUCCAGUGUUGAUUUCUCCCUCAGCAGCCGGCUACUAUUUGGAGGCUACAACGACUACACCAUUAAUGUCUGGGACGUUCUAAAAGGAACACGAGUCUCUUUUCUGUUUGGGCACGAGAACCGUGUCAGCACACUGCUCGUCUCUCCCGACGGGACGGCCUUCUGCACAGGAUCCUGGGACCACACUCUUCGGAUCUGGGCCUAAGCAUCUGAACACCAAGAACUAAAAAGCAGACAAACCUAAAGGGCCAGUUACUUUUCUGUUUGCUCAGGUUCAAACACAAGCUGAGAUUUGGUUGUACAUUUAGCAUAUCAUUAGCACUGUAUAUACUCUGGUUUGGUGGCAAAGAUAGAUUUACAUAUUUGAAGGUGUAAUUAAACCAAAAAAAGCACGCUUGCAUAACACACGACUAAAAGAGAACUGCACAGAAGUAUGUAUGGUUUCAAUAUACAAUGUAGAAAGCAUUUUGCAAAAAAAAUAUUGGUGGUAGUACCUUGCAUUGGCCUAGGGUAGAAGUGACACAAUAAAGUGGUGUAUUGUAUGUGUGCACAUAAAGGAAAAUGUUUGUUUAUUUAUUCAUUUUUAUGGGUGAUGAUAGAAAAUGGAGUCUGAAGAUUAAUUUUAAAAAGAUAUAAAAUAAUCUAUUUAACUAGACUGAAAGGAGAGGGGGGUGGGUGAUAGAGAAAAUAGCAAGAAUGGCUUAAAGAAAUACAUAUUAUUUAGUCUUGUCGGGAUGUUUACAUAUUUAAUUGGUUAGAAGUAAUUGGCUAGAAAACGUGCAUUGGCAUGAAAUUCUUUGGGGCAGAGUUACAAUUCUAAAGUCAGUGCAACAAUUUUGCCAUGUGGAGUCAAAGUGAUUAUAAACAUCAGAGCAUGUCCUUUACAAAGUAAUAAUAUUGAUAAAGCUAUACAUUGUUUUUUACCCCUGAGACGUGUUUUUCCAGGUAUGGAGGUAGCUUAGAAUUCACAUGUUUUUGGUCCCUUUCUAAGAAUCUGUCACUGAUAAAAUUUGAAUGUGCUCCUUUUGACACAGUCGGAACAAACGCCAUGGCUGUUGUUUCAUAUUAACUGUAAUUACUUUAUUAUAGUUUAGUGUACAGACAUUCAAGGGACUGUUAAUCUGAAUACUACAAACAUAAUAAACUCUGUUUGAAAUAUCA